GGAGUUGGCUAGCUGGAUGCGAUGUAAGUCAUGCCUUUUAUUGUUUUCCCUGUUUGCUGUUUCAAAGUCUUGGCACCGAAACGUUGUGGACAACAACAGGGGUUUGCGAUUUAAAACACCUCUCUGAUAAGUGCAAGCGACAUGAAAGUAGCCGCAGCCAUCUUGACAACGCUAUGAGGCUCCAGUUUUUUGGGAAGCUUAGCAUUGCUGAACAGCUAGAUGAAGGCUACAGGAUUGGCAUUAGAAGGCACAAUGAAGAGGUCACAAAAAAUCGACACAUCCUGUCUAGAAUAAUAGACUGUGUAAAAUUUUGUGGCGCAUUUGAGCUGGCUUUGCGUGGCCACAAUGAGAGCGAGAGCUCAGAUAACCCGGGAUAUUCCGUGGCUUGGUCGACUUUGUUGCUUCUCCUGAUGGAGUUUUGAAAGAGCACCUCGAGAAUGCCUCUGUGUUUAAGGGAACUUCGAAAACCGUGCAGAACGAGCUGUUGGACUGUAUGUUGUCUGUUAUGAGGGAACACAUAAUCCAAGAAGCACAAAACAGCGAUUUUCUAUUAAUCCAGGCCGACGAGACCACCGAUAUUGCCACACAGUGCCAACUUGUGCUUGUGCUGCGCUACAUUGAUGGCAAAAGCAACGUACAGGAGAGGUUUUUUGCUUUUAUUCAUCUGCAUUCAACUACAGCUGAUUCCAUCGCUACAGCACUAAAAGAGCAUCUUACUGUCAUCCUUCCAGAAGAUCAGAAGAGUAAACUCAUCUCCCAAGCGUAUGAUGGAGCCAGCGUGAUGAGAGGUGCCACUGCAGGUGUUCAAAGGAAGAUUCAAGAUGUGUACCCAAAUGCCCAUUACAUCCACUGCUACGCUCAUCAGCUCAAUCUAAUAAUGCAAAAGGCCACUUCUCACAUACCCAAAGUUAGAAUUUUUUUUUCUAACCUUGGAGGAUUUGCCAGCUUUUUUUCAAGAUCACCCAAGCGCACAGAUGUUCUUGAUAAAGUAGUUGCCCAUAGACUACCAACAUCAAGCAGUGUUAGAUGGAACUUCCACAGCCGUGCCAUCAAUACAGUGUUUGAGCACAGAGAGGGCCUCAUUCGCUGUUUUGAAACUAUUCGAGACUCAGGUGACUUUGACCCUGUUACCACCAGAGAGGCAGGAGGCUUUGCCAUGCUGCUGGAGGAUCAGGAUUUUAAUUUUUUUCUGCAACUUUUCCACAACAUCAUGCCACACGUGGACAUCCUCUAUGCCAAACUCCAGAAGAAGGACAUAGAUUCAGUCCACAUUAAGGGGAGCAUCCAGCAGUUCCAGCAGGACAUACAGAAGAUCAAAAAUUCUCUCCAUUCUCUGGUUAUCCAAAGCAGUGAAGGAGCUUCUCAACCAAAGAGGCGGCGGUUGCUUAGUCCAGACGUCCAUGAACGGAUUGCAACAGAGGUCUGUGACACCAUACUCCAACACACCAUGGAACGGUUCUGCUUCACAAGCCACCUCGUUAGUGCCACCCUGCUGCAAGCAGACAGGUUUGAACAGUACACAGUGGCGUUUCCUGAAGAUGCACUGAGUAGGACUUUGAAGGCCUAUCCAGUGCUCAAUGGGAGUAAGCUAAAGACAGAGCUUAGUCUCAUCUACUGCAAGGAAGAGUUCAGAACCUGUUGUGGUGCUGUGGACCUACUGCAGCUGUUUAAGGAGAACAAUCUUGAAGAAGUCUUUUCAGAGACUGUCACUCUCCUAAAGAUCCUCAUCACCACACCCAUGACCACAGCAGAGGCUGAGACGUGUUUCUCAACUUUGAAAAGAGUUAAGACUUUUCUGAGAAAUAGCAUGACCCAGGAGAGACUAAAUGCAUUGGCCAUGCUGUCAAUGGAGAAGAGAAUGGUGACUGAGAUCAUUGACUUUAACCAGAAGGUCAUUGAGAAAUUUGCAAGUCAGAAAGAAAGGAGAGCAAAAUUUAUUUUCAAAUAGUGUUAAUGGCCAAUGAUUA